AUGAAGGAUGAGGUCAUCAGCACCAACGCGCUGGCAUGGCUGGUGUGCUCGGGCGUGUCCAUCCUGGCGAAUGCCUGGGGGAUUCUGAGUGUUAGUGCCAAGCAGAAAAAAUGGAAACCUUUGGAGUUUCUCAUCUGCACGUUGGCUGGCACACACAUCCUUAACAUGGGCAUCCCAAUCACCAUGUACUGCGUCAUCCAACUCCGCCGUCAGCACUCCAACUAUGAGUGGAACGAAGGUCUGUGCAAGGUCUUUGUGUCCACCUUCUACACCCUGACCUUGGUCACCUGCUUCUCCGUCACAUCCUUGUCCUAUCACCGUAUGUGGAUGGUGCGCUGGCCUGUCAACUACAGGCUGAGUAACACCAAGAAACAGGCAGUCCAUACAGUGAUGGGUAUUUGGAUGGUCUCCUUCAUCCUCUCCACGCUGCCCGCUGUGGGCUGGCACGACACCACCGAGCGCUUCUACACACACGACUGUCGCUUCAUUGUCACUGAGAUCGGCCUGGGUUUUGGGGUGUGUUUCCUCCUGCUGAUCAGUGGGAGUGUGGUGAUGGGUGUGAUCUGUAUUGGGAUCGCGCUCUUUCAGACCUUCUCUAUCCAGACGGGCCACAACGUCGACAAGAACAAGUUCAACGUGCCCACCAUCGUAGUGGAGGAUGCCCAGGGCAAGAGACGCUCCUCGAUUGAUGGCUCAGAACCAAUCAAAACAUCGCUGCAAAUUACGUACCUCAUCAGUGGAAUAGUCUUCAUCUAUGACUUCCUCACUGGCUUUCCCAUUCUGGUGGUGAGCUUUGCCAGUCUGAAGUACGACCGCUCGUAUAACUGGAUGGUCCUGUGUGUGCUCUGGUGUUCCAUCGCACAGUCCAUCCUCCUUCCCAUGUUCCUGUGGGCGUGUGACCGUUACCGUGCUGACGUCAAGAUGGUGUGGGAAAAGUGUGUGGCUAUCAUGUCCAAUGACGAUGUAGAUGAAGAAAACAGCCAGGAUGGGGGCAUUCAUCCGGACAUAAUAUAUGACACCCCAUAUGACUAUAGCUGCGCUGGCGAUAUCAUGACGCUAGACCGUAUUGCCCAGUACCAAUUCUCAACCUUAGAAAGGGGGAUGACCCAGGGUUAUCCAUUGAGGGAGCUUCAGGAAGAUAAAAUGCACUAUUUGCAGGUGCCGCCUACAAGAAGAUACUCCCACGACGAAACAGACAUGUGGACCACCGGCCAGAUUCCGUCCUACCUGCACCGCUGGGGAUCCACCGAGGACAUCAUCGGGAUGCCUCAGUACAGCUCUCCGCGCCACGAGAGGCGGCGGAGCAGCCCGGCAUCCUACCACGAGGAGAGCCACCCUUAUCGCAAACGGAGGAGAUCCGAGGACAGUGUGCACUCGCUCAAACAGCUGCCGCGCGUGGAGCGCUAUGAGGACGACUUCAAGUGCUUCAGCCGCGACGAAGUCAUCAACUUCAUCGACGAGACGCCGCUCCCUAGCCCCCUGAGGAGCCCACGCCGCGCUUCCGCCAUAUCUUUAGUGCCCGAUACUUACGAGCAACACAUUAUUUUGCUGCCGCAUUUUCCCCUCACGCACUUUGAGCGCGAGCCCCAAGCAUUACGCCGAUCCUCAGAGCAAGGCAAAUGCCCGGUGCUAAUCGAACAGUCCCAGGAUUCAUCCAGAUCGGACGGUAAUGGCAGGGGAAACGGGGAGGGAGGCGGAGAAGGACCAGGGGGCUGUGGCUCCAGUAAAGGCUGUCGAGAGCACCACAGGGACGGGAAGGGUGUAUCAGAACAAAGGGCGCCAGGACCUAGCUCGCGGACAGAGGAGCAGUGUUCUCAGAGGGCCAGGACAGGGCAGGACCAGGGCGCGACCUGGCCAGACCACAAGCACCUGACAAAAGUGGAGAGUAAAGGAAGCACAAAUAGUUUUAUAAGCUCUCCCUCAGCAUCCUCUGGAUAUAUCACAUUUCAUUCUGACUCUGUCGGAUCUGCUUCUUAG